AUGAUUUUUGGCAGGUUUUCAACACUUUUUGCACUUCUGAUCCUUUUUGCUGCGUUGCAUAAACCAACUUUUGCCAUUAAAAAGUCGUAUAUUGUCUACUUGGGAGCACAUAAUCAUGGUCCAGAUGUGACUACUGCUGAUUACCAGCGUGUGGAAGAUUCACACACGGAGUUGCUCACUUCAUUCUUGGGAAGUGAGCAAAAGGCUAGAGAUUCCAUGUUUUACUCAUACAAGCGGCAUAUAAAUGGCUUUGCUGCACUUCUAGAAGAAGAAGAGGCUGCUGAGAUUGCAAAGCAUCCAAAUGUGGUAUCAGUACUAGAAAACCAUGAUAGAAAGCUGCACACAACUCAUUCAUGGGAUUUUCUUGGACUGGAAAAGGAUGGAUUUGUUAGUCCGUCUUCCCUUUGGGAGAAAGCUCGAUAUGGUGAAGAUACCAUCAUUGCAACAAUUGAUUCGGGUGUUUGGCCUGAAUCAAAGAGCUUUAGUGACGAUGGGAUUGGUCCCAUUCCUUCCAAGUGGAAAGGUACCUGUCAGUUUGAAGGCCAUAAGCAACAUCUUUGCAAUAGAAAACUGAUUGGGGCCAAGUACUUCAACAAGGGGUACGAAGCCUUGGUGGGGACGCCCCUCAACUCAUCAUUCCAAGACGCGCGCGACUCGGAGGGCCACGGGACCCACACCCUCUCGACUGCCGCGGGGAGCUUCGUCCCGUCGGCCAGCGUGUUUGGCGUCGGGAACGGUACCGCCAAGGGCGGGUCCCCCCGGGCCCGCGCUGCCGCCUACAAGGCGUGCUGGCCUACCUCGGAGGGCGCCAGCUGCUUUGACGCCGACAUCAUGAAGGCUUUCGACGUGGCCAUCGACGAUGGGGUGGACGUUAUCUCGGCCUCCCUCGGCGGGAUGCCCCUCAGCUAUUACAAUGACGCUAUGGCCAUUGCCGCCUUCCACGCCGUGCGGAGAGGGGUCGUCGUGGUGGCCUCUGCCGGGAACCUCGGGCCCAUGGAUGGCUCCGUCUCGAACGUGGCCCCUUGGAUCAUAACUGUCGGGGCAAGCACGCUCGACCGCGAGUUUCACGCAGAUGUCGAGUUGAGGGACGGAAGGGUGUUUACGGGUACAAGCUUUACGAGACCGUUGCCGGAGAACAAAUUCUACCCGCUUAUUAGCGCGGCCAAUGCUAAAGCUGCCAAUGCAACCGAACCAGAUGCUUUACACUGUCUGCCGGGUACGUUGGACCCGAAAAAGGCGAGGGGCAAAAUAGUAGUUUGCCUAAUGGGGGAAAACGUAAGCAUUGAAAAGGGAAUGGUGGCAGCACGAGCGGGAGCUGUUGGGAUGAUUCUCGGCAACGACGAGAAUUGGGGAUCUACGAUCACGGCUCAACCACAUUUUCUACCAGCCACGCAAAUCGGUUACGAGGAGGGCCGUACUCUCUUUGCAUAUAUUAAUGACAACAAGAAUCCAGAAGCUCUUAUUAGGACUCCAGCUGCGGUGCUGAAGACAAAACCGGCUCCUGUUAUGGCCGCCUUCUCUUCUAAGGGACCGAAUACUGUCACCCCGGAAAUCCUUAAGCCCGAUAUUACGGCUCCAGGUGUCAACAUCCUAGCUGCUUUUACCGAGGGAAUAAGCCCGACGGCAUUGGACUUUGACCACCGCACGACACCUUUCGCCGUGAUGUCUGGGACUUCCAUGGCUUGUCCCCAUGUUGCGGGUGUUGUGGGCCUGCUCAAGACAUUGUAUCCCGAUUGGAGCCCAGCUGCAAUUAGAUCCGCCAUCAUGACAACCGCGAGGAUCCGUGACAACACGGGUAACCCGAUAUCCAACUAUACCCACUCAAAGGACAACCCCUUCUCGUACGGGUCGGGCCACAUAAGGCCAAACCGGGCCCAGGACCCUGGCCUGGUCUAUGACCUGACGGUCAACGACUACAUUGACUUCCUAUGUGGGAUCGGCUACAACGGGAGCAAGCUGGCACAUUUCGCCACAUCUGACUACCAGUGCCCGGAGGAUUACAGCAUCCUUGACUUCAACAACCCGGCAAUUACGGUCCGAAAUAUCAACGGGUCAGUCACCGUGACCCGGAAGGUGAAGAAUGUUGGCCGGCCCGGGAAGUACACCUCACGAAUUCGCCAUCCCCCUGGUUUCAGGGUCUCGGUGGAGCCUAAAGUGCUGAAAUUCGAGAAAAUUGGGGAAGAGAAGGUGUUUAGGGUGACUAUAAAGGCCAAGAGAUCAGGUGUCAAUGUCGAGAGGGAUGAUUUUGCGGCUAUUUUGGGUGUCGCGAGGCCGUAUAGCUUUGGGGAGCUUUUGUGGUCUGAUGGUAGGCAUUAUCCGCUUUACCCCGGCCGGAGACGAGGCCGCGGGAAUUGGCCGACCGAGACGACGCCACCGAGAUACGCCCGUCGCCGUCGAGGAGGGGAAGAACCGACGCCGCUGUGCGUUAGCCUCAGGCCGCCGUUCCGCCACGACCGCCACCGCGCUAGCACCAAGAAGUUCCGGCCACCAGAAAGAGAGCCGUCGCCACUUCGUCACAGGCUGAGGUCGCCGGUCAGUCACAACCACCUACCGUCGCGCCCACGGCGAGAUGAUCUCCGCCGACCACCAGAAGGAGGGCCAUCACAACUGUUUUCAACAUGUUUUGCACUUUUGAUCCUUUUUGCUGCAUUACAGAAACCAACUUUGGCCAUUAAAAAGUCGUAUAUUGUCUACUUGGGGGCACAUAAUCAUGGUCCAGAUGUCACUACUGCUGAUUACCAGCAUGUGGAAGAUUCACACACGGAGUUGCUCAGUUCAUUCUUGGGAAGUGAGCAAAAGGCUAGAGAUUCCAUGUUCUACUCAUACAAGAGGAAUAUAAAUGGUUUUGCUGCACUUCUUGAGGAAGAAGAGGCGGCUGAGAUUGCUAAGCAUCCAAAGGUGAUAUCAGUACUAGAGGACAAAGGUAGAAAACUGCACACAACUCAUUCAUGGGAUUUUCUUGGACUGGAAAAGGAUGGGGUUGUUAGUCCGUAUUCCAUUUGGGAGAAAGCUCGAUAUGGUGAAGAUACCAUUAUUGCAACACUUGACACCGGUAUCUGGCCUGAAUCCAAGAGCUUUAGGGACGAUGGGAUUGGUCCCAUUCCUUCCAAGUGGAAAGGAAUCUGUCAGUUCGAAGGCCAUAAGCAACACCUUUGCAAUAGAAAACUGAUUGGGGCCAGGUACUUCAACAAGGGGUACGAAGCCUUCGUGGGGACGCCCCUCAACUCAUCAUUCCAAAACGCGCGCGACUCGGAGGGCCACGGGACCCAUACCCUCUCGACGGCUGCUGGGAGCUUCGUCCCCUCGGCCAGCGUGUUUGGUGUUGGGAACGGUACCUCCAAGGGCGGUUCCCCCGGGGCCCGCGCUGCCGCCUACAAGGUGUGCUGGGCCGGCUGCUUCGAUACUGACAUCAUGAAGGCUUUCGACGUGGCCAUUGACGAUGGGGUGGAUGUGCUGUCAGUCUCCCUCGGAGGGCCUUCUGCUGACUAUUUCAACGACGGCAUCGCCAUUGCUGCCUUUCAUGCCGUGCGGAGAGGAGUCUCAGUAGUGGCAUCUGCCGGGAACAGCGGGCCCUCCCCCGGGACUGUGUCGAAUGUGGCCCCGUGGAUCAUAACUGUCGGGGCAAGCACACUCGAUCGAGAGUUUAAUGCCGGCCUCAAAUUGAGGAAUGGCCGAGUGCUUAAGGGUAAAAGCAUUACGAGACCGUUGCCGGAGAACAAAUUCUACCCUCUUAUUAGCGCGGCCGAUGCUAAAGCUGCCAAUGCAACCGAAGCAGAUGCUCACCUCUGCAAACCGGAUACGUUGGACAUGAAAAAGGCGAGGGGCAAAAUAGUUGUUUGCCUAAGAGGAGAUAACGCACGAGUUGAAAAGGGUGUGGUGGCGGCACGUGCGGGUGCUGUCGGGAUGGUUCUCUGCAACGACGAGUCUACCGGAGAUGAGAUUAUAUCUGACCCACAUUUUCUACCGACAACGCACAUCGGUUAUGAAGAUGGCCGUACUCUCUUUGCCUAUUUAAUUACUACCAAUUAUCCCCAAGGUCUUAUUACGACUCCAAAGACGCUGCUGAAUACAAAACCAGCACCUUUUAUGGGCGCCUUCUCGUCCAGGGGACCCAACCCCGUUACCCCGGAAAUCCUCAAGCCCGAUAUUACGGCUCCAGGUGUUGACAUAAUAGCUUCUUAUACCGAGGCAACAAGCCCGACAGAGUUGGACUUUGACCACCGCAGGACAGCUUUCACGGUGAUGUCUGGGACCUCAAUGUCUUGUCCACAUGUUUCUGGUAUUGUGGGUCUACUCAAGACAUUGUAUCCCAAUUGGAGCCCAGCCGCAAUUAGAUCUGCCAUCAUGACAACUGCGAGGACUCGUGACAACACCGGUAAGCCAUUGUCGGAUUCUAGCCACGAAAAGGCCACGCCGUUUGCAUAUGGGUCGGGUCACAUCAGACCAAACCGCGCCCAAGACCCUGGCCUGGUCUACGACCUGACGGUCAACGACUACCUUGACUUCCUCUGUGGGCUCGGCUACGACCAGUACCAGCUGGCCCAGUUCACCUCCUCUCACUAUGAAUGCCCAACUGACUACAGUGUGCUUGACUUCAAUAACCCGUCCAUCACGGUCCCAACGGUGAAUGGGUCUGUCACUGUUGCCCGGAAGGUGAAGAAUGUGGGCCAGCCCGGGAAGUACACCACGCGCAUCCGCCACCCACCCGGUUUCAGGGUCUCUGUAGAGCCCAAGGUGCUGGAAUUCAAGAAAAUCGGGGAGGAGAAGGAGUUUAGGGUGACUAUAAAGGCCAACAGAGGUGUCAAGAGUGGGUAUAGCUUCGGGGAGCUUUUGUGGUCUGAUGGGAGGCAUUAUGUGAGGAGUCCAAUAGUGGCUAAUCUCAACUCUAGCAAUUAAAAUUUACUCAAUAGUUAGUUUAAUUAAUUAGUGUGAUAUUUGUGUGGGGUUAAGUGAAUAAAAUGAAAAGCCCUGCAGUAGUUCUAUUUCUAGAUGAGAUUGUCAGGUAUUCCUUUUGAUGUCAAUUCUUUAUAUAUGUUUGAUAUUUGCCUUUGUUAUGAAAAUAUCAUUUAAAUUCAGUAGAGUUCUGAAGCAAUUUUUUCCUUNUUGU